ACCGCUCCCCGGAACAAGCAAAUCCCCACCCAAUUUCGUCUCCGAUCGACUCGCGAGAUCGUCGAAUCCUCCUCCCCGCCGCCUCAAGAUGCAGAUCUUCGUGAAGACCCUCACUGGCAAGACCAUCACCCUUGAGGUUGAGAGCUCUGACACCAUCGACAACGUCAAGGCCAAGAUCCAGGACAAGGAGGGCAUCCCCCCGGACCAGCAGCGCCUCAUCUUUGCCGGCAAACAGCUGGAGGAUGGCCGCACCCUCGCGGACUACAACAUCCAGAAGGAGUCCACCCUCCACCUUGUGCUCCGCCUGCGUGGUGGUAUGCAGAUCUUUGUGAAGACCCUCACCGGCAAGACCAUCACCCUUGAGGUUGAGAGCUCUGACACCAUCGACAACGUCAAGGCCAAGAUCCAGGACAAGGAGGGCAUCCCCCCGGACCAGCAACGCCUCAUCUUUGCCGGCAAGCAGCUGGAGGAUGGCCGCACCCUUGCGGACUACAACAUCCAGAAGGAGUCCACCCUCCACCUUGUGCUCCGCCUGCGUGGUGGUAUGCAGAUCUUUGUGAAGACCCUCACCGGCAAGACCAUCACCCUUGAGGUUGAGAGCUCUGACACCAUCGACAAUGUCAAGGCCAAGAUCCAGGACAAGGAGGGCAUUCCUCCGGAUCAGCAGCGCCUGAUCUUUGCCGGCAAGCAGCUGGAGGAUGGCCGCACCCUCGCGGACUACAACAUCCAGAAGGAGUCCACCCUCCACCUUGUCCUCCGUCUGCGUGGUGGCAUGCAGAUCUUCGUGAAGACCCUCACUGGCAAGACCAUCACCCUUGAGGUUGAGAGCUCUGACACCAUUGACAACGUCAAGGCCAAGAUCCAGGACAAGGAGGGCAUCCCCCCGGACCAGCAGCGCCUGAUCUUUGCAGGCAAGCAGCUGGAGGAUGGCCGCACACUUGCUGACUACAACAUCCAGAAGGAGUCCACCCUCCACCUUGUCCUCCGUCUGCGUGGUGGUAUGCAGAUCUUCGUGAAGACCCUCACCGGCAAGACCAUCACCCUUGAGGUUGAGAGCUCUGACACCAUUGACAACGUCAAGGCCAAGAUCCAGGACAAGGAGGGCAUCCCCCCGGACCAGCAGCGCCUGAUCUUUGCUGGCAAGCAGCUGGAGGAUGGCCGCACCCUGGCUGACUACAACAUCCAGAAGGAGUCCACCCUCCACCUUGUCCUCCGUCUUAGGGGUGGCAUGCAGAUCUUUGUGAAGACCCUCACCGGCAAGACUAUCACUCUUGAGGUGGAGUCGUCAGACACCAUUGACAAUGUCAAGGCCAAGAUCCAGGACAAGGAGGGCAUCCCCCCGGACCAGCAGCGCCUGAUCUUCGCCGGCAAGCAGCUGGAGGAUGGCCGCACCCUCGCGGACUACAACAUUCAGAAGGAGUCCACCCUUCACCUGGUGCUCCGCCUCCGUGGUGGUCAGUAAACAUCCUGGUUCGUCCUGCGGGUGGUGCCCUGUUUCGAUAAUUUGAACUGUUAUCUUGUUCGCGUCAGUCCUAUCGUGUUUGUUUGAUGAACUAUCGAGUCACCUAUGGGUUUUAAACAGUUGCUGGUACAGCAGUAUUAUUGAGUAAUGAAUAAGUGAACUUCGGGUAAA